AUGCUUUUCUUCGCAUGGUUGAUGAGAAACCUCGGUAUCUCAGCAUUCUUCUGCUGUAAUGCAAUUGCAUUCGGUCUCGAGGAUGACGCUUGUCAAAAGGGAUUCUUUCUAAGCCUCGCUCCCUUGGCGGUGGAUCCUUGGGUGAAACAAUUUUGUUCUGAUAUCAAAACCGAGACCUCGGUUGCAACUACGAUCAUUACCGAAACGUCGGUUUCAAAUGCCAUCGUCACCACCGCUUCAAGCACUUCCACCACCACAACUGCGACCAUAGCGUCGAUCUCGACGAGUACCACAAUUGCAACAAGUACGAUUACAAGCACUAUUGUAACAACUUCAACGUCCACGUCAACAUCUACGGAGACUACGACCACGACUAUCUCCGUGAUCGGGGUUAAGAAGCGGUCUAUAGGAUGUCACAAGGAAAAGACGACUCCAAGUGUCAAAUGGCCUUCUCAUGUAUCCCACGGUAGACCAGGCCUUUACCAAUCUCACUCCCAGUCUGCACCCACUUUGGCAUCCAACAGUGGUCUUGAUGAUAUCUUGCCUUCAGAUAGUCAGAACCCAGAAGCGGCCGCAUAUGAUGGUCUCGUCAAGCCAAUCCCUGACAUCCCAGCCAAGCAUUACUCGGGCGGAUGGGCACAAAUAGACGACUUUCCAGAUAUUGCAACGGCUCCUUUUAGCUACUACUCACCAACUCAGCAUACUCCUACCAUCCCGACAGGAGGUUCUUACUCACCUGGAUCCAGAGCUGACUUCUGCGACGACGACGGUGACGUCAACUACAUUUACGUUUGUUCCAACUCCUACUGA